AUGGAUAUUACUCAAGUUAAUUUAAUACAUUAUGAAAAUUAUAAAAACUGGAUAUUAUUGCGUAAUUCAACAUUAAUCUUAUUCAUUCUUUGUACUAGUAUUUUUAUAUCCAUUGAUAUUUAUAUAAUGUCUAAUGAUAAUUAUAAUUUAGAUUGGAAUAAUGAAUCUUCAAUAAUCAAUAAAAAAACAAUUAAAAAUAUAAUUGAAAAAGAGAAAAAUAAAGAGAAAAGUAGUAUGGUUGGUAUCAUGAAUGAUCAAUCGAUACAUUGGAAUAUUCACAAUCAUAUAAUGAAUGAAACUUUAAUAAGAUCUCAUUAUUCAAAUUCAUAUAGAUUAAAAAACUAUAUGAAUAGUAUAACAAAAACAUGUUUAAAUAUGGAAUCUAUUAAUUGGAAUAUGAUAUUAUGGAGAGAUAAAGGAGAAUUUUAUAAUGAACAAUAUAUACGAUUGGUGAAUAUCAAUGCUAAAGGUGCUCAUCUUUUCGGUGAAGAUAUAAAUGAUUUGAAGAAUCAAAUGUCAUAUAAAAAAGAAGUUACUCAGCGAUUUGACAAUUUAAGUUUUCUAUUAGCAUAUCCUUCUGGGAUUAGUGUCCAUAUCAAUGUAAAAAAUAUCAGAUUACUGCCAGAAUAUGAAGAUGUCGAACAUUUAGCAAGUGAUAAUGGAAUUGUUAUGGAUCCUUCAAGAAAAUCCAAUAUGCAACAUUGGCGUAAACCACUUGAGACAAUCAUUAAGACAGCAUGUCGGUAUCCAUUACCUAAACAAUAUUAUUUGGCUAUGCAUCCUUAUUUAGAUAGACAUACAACUGCUAGAAGGCAUAUAUGCCAACCAAAUAAUAUUCAUUCUCGUUUAUGUCCAGCUAAUUAUCCAAGUGGAUAUAUAUUUUAUGAUCGUUCUAUAAAUGGACAAUGUACACAAAAUAAAGCUUCAUAUCUACCUCCUCAAUUAAAUAGUUUCUAUUGUACAAUCAAUUCACCAUUGGUCAAUAAAUUAUUUCAAGAGAACAUUAUAGAAAGUCAAUCUUAUUUAAAAGAUAUGCAUUGUGAUACACAACGACGUAUCUGUCAAACAUGUUUAAAACAAUCAUGUUUAAAAAGUAAAAUUGAAUUAUUUUCAGAGAUGAAUUUGAAGAAAGCUCAACACAAUUUACUUAGUAACCAUGGUGAAAUUGAAAAUAAUCAUGAUUUUAAUGAAGAAAUAUUCUAUGGAAAUUUAUUGCGUGUUAAUACUAUUGAACAAAAUAUAUGGCAAGCUAAUGAUCCUGAUUGCUGUGGUAUUAAAUGUUAUUCCAAUCCAAGUUGCCUUGAUUACUUUGGUUCUCGUUGUGAGACAUAUACAAGUAGACAUUCGAAUGCAACUGAGAUAUGCUUACAAGGUAAAACAUUAAAAUUUACUUUAAAUCCUGAAUUCGACUUUACUAAUGGGACUUAUACAUGUCACGUACAACAUCGUCCUCCGAAAAUCAUAUACACUAUUGAAACUUGGUUAACUCUUGAAAUUCAAGGUUUACCAAAGUUAGUAUGGAGCAGUCCUCGUUUAAAAUAUAACAUUCAAAUAAUGAGUAACGGAAAACCUCCAAGACGUAAAUCAAACAAAGUGGAUUAUGAUAUUCAAACUCUGGAGCAACAAUUUUUAAAACAUGGUAUUUUGUUGUUAUGGAAUGAGAAUAUUUAUUUAGAGCAUAAGACAGGUUUACCUAUAUGGAAUGAUGCAAUUGUUCAUAGGUCUGUUGACAAAGAAAUAUCACUGUUUCAACUGAAGUUUCUGAAAGAUUUUGGAACUGAACCUCCGCCACUUCAAAGACACAAGGAGGAGAAAUACAUAGUUGUGCAGUUCUCUAGACCAUUUCAGUACAGUACUUCUAAUUGGGGCAAUCAAACAUGUCAAAUAAAUAUAAGCCAUAUUCAUCGUGCACAACCAAUCUAUGCAGAAAACACUAAAGUUUCAAUAGACACGAUAUCCAUUCCACAGAGAACUGCAUCGAAUGCAUUCCUGUACACAUUGAAAAAUUCACAAAAAAGAUCAACCAUUGAAAUCAAAUCACAUAUCAAUCAUUCCUUAUUACACACUGCUGCUUGUUUAAACGGACUAACCUUUACUCAAUCAAAACUCAAUGGAUUUAGUGAUAAAAUCCCCAGUGAUGGAAAAUAUUUCACUGAACAGGUCGGUCGACUAUAUCCAGAAAUACAAGUAUCUACUCAAAGAUUGGAUACAAACUGUGAAUUGAACACAACUUGGAGAGUGACUAUCGCAGGCUCAACUACAAAUAAAUCAACAUAUAUUCAUUUAAAACUAUAUACUGAAUCAUUUAGAUCACCAUCCAAUUGGAAUAAAAGAAGUUUAAUCCCGGUUGAUCAGCAAUCUAUUUUAUUUGAUAAAGAUUUAAUUCUCCUUCAUGAUAAAUUGGAUAUUGUUCCAGGAAAUUCUGAAAGAGAGAAAGUAUCAUUUCAAAUUCAGAUUGAUAUUGAAUAUAUUCAAUUUCCAGUUACAUAUUCACAUGUAUUUCAAUCCGUAUUAUUAAUAGUAUAUAUCAAAGAUUGUUUUACCGAUUAUUUAUUAAGUACAUCACUUACGGCACAAAAUAACGUUGCAUUGUCGAAAACAUUAAAUGCAUAUCAGAAUAACACUAUGUUGAAGGAAUAUUUACCAAGUCGUAUGGAAUCAUUACGUGCUGACAAAAUGCAUUUACCAUUUGUUAUUACUUGUCUAAUAAUUGGUCUUUCUUAUAUCAUACUUUUAACUAUAUAUGCCAUUUUAAAAUUAUGUCAAGGAUCUAAUAAAUUUCAUACAGAUAAAAUAAUCCAUGGUUCAACAAGUUAUAUGUCUAAUAAUGAAACACAGCAAAGGCGCUUUUCAUCAUUUUCAGGCUAUUCUACAACUUUAUUAAACAAUUAUCACUGUACUAGUUCACAGUCUCAACUAGCUCGUUUAACAUGUCCUCAGAAAUUUUGGAUUAUGAUCUAUUUAUGUUUUCGGGUGUUUUACACUUUUCUGUUCACUAUUAGUGUUGGGUUAUCAUUUAUUCUAAGCAUUGAAACUGAUGCUACUGUGGAGUUUACUUCAGCAGUACAUAAUAAUCACUUUGUUACAAUGAAUUCAUUCAGUAAUUAUAAUGGAAAUAUUGGCAAUAGAUUAAGUCUACCAUCAGUGAUGAAUACAAUGACAUUGACAACGGAUAUAGGCAAUAGAUGGCGUGGAGCUAAAGUAUGGGUGUUAGAAGCUGCUAGAAUGGAGGAUUUCUCUCAAACUGAAUUAUUAAGACAGAUUCAAAGAGGGACAAGCCAAAUUUCAGACUGUGGUAAACAUUAUGAAGAUCAUAGUAAACAGUUGUCAAGAUAUAUGAUGUAUAUUAGUAAGAAAUUAAUCAGCUGGUUUAGCCAAACAAACACCAAAAAUGAAGUUAUUAAUAAUAAUGAUAUAAACGAAAAUUCAAUGAAUUAUCAUUCCGAUAAAAAACUAUCAUAUGAAGAUUCUAUCAGUCAAAGUGAACAUGAAAUGUAUAAUAGUAAUAGUAAUAAUAAUAAUAAAUCUACACUUCAAUGGACAUCGAAUGGUGUGAAUAUUCCAAUACCUACUAUAGAACAAGAAACAUGGAAUCAUUUAGAACGUACCAGUUGGUUACCUUAUUUAGAUACAGUUGAUGAUUACCUAAGAAAAACAAGAGAUGACUUGGACACGAAAGUUAUUGACUACUGGGCACCAUAUGAUCAACUCUUAGCCAAUCUUCUUACAAACCCAUGGCUUGCACCAGCAUAUAGGGCAUUAAAUACAUCAUGGUUGCAAGAGAGGCGAAUAUCAUUUAUGGAUCGAACAUAUUUUGGAUUAGUAUCAAGUGAUUUUGACUCGGAAGAUGAAAAUCAAUCGUCAAACGAUUUAACUGCUUUAAAUGGUGCCAAAGAAACACAAUCUUUAAUGCUAGCCAAUUUUAUUGGUGUUCCACAACCUGCACAUGCUCGUUUGGCUGGUACAAGAAUUUGGAAUAGUUUUCGUAAUCUAGUUCCAGGUUUGCCAAGCAAAUUCUAUUAUAAAUUAGAACCAAGUUCAUUAUCGUCAUCAUCUUCAUCAUCAGUUCUAAAUAAAGAUGUCGAAUUUCGUAGAAAGCCAAAAUUAUAUCAUGAUCAUCGACAAAUGUUAUCUAGUGAAGAUUGGUACCAUAUUCCAAGUGGACAGUUGGAUUUAGAUGAAAAACUGAAUAUUGAUUCAUUUACUGAUUUAAAUACUCAAUUCUAUCCGUAUGCAACAACUGUUACCAAACGAAAUGGAAAUCCUUCAAUAAUUGAUUCAAAUUCUUAUUUCUUAACAUUAACACAAGUUCGAUUAUUAUUAUUGUUAUUAGAUGCUAUAAUUAUAUUGUCUAGAUGUUUUCAAACAUUUGAAUUUAUGCAUAAUAUAUGGUUUGGCGAUAUCAAAUUAAUUAAUGCCAAUCAUUUAAUACAUGAAAUAAAUAAUAAUUCACAAAUAAUGAUUGAUUCAUUUGAUCAUUCAAUGCCUCAUCAUCAUCAUCAUCAUCAUCACCAUCAUCAUCAUUCACAACAAACACAACAAAUACAUGGUAAUUAUCAUUAUCAAUCUCAACUUCAAAUAAGAUCACCUAAACAUAUACAAUUAUCUAUAGGAUCUACACCAUUUUUACAUCCUUCAUCAUGCUCAUCAAAUUUACAUGAAUCAAAUCGUCAUUCAAUAUCUAAUGAUUUCCCUGCAUCAGUAGGCACAAAUCACAAUAAACCAGUGACUGCCAAUCAAACUAUUCGUGUAAGUGAAUAUGAAAGAAAAUCUUCUACAGGGAUUAAUAUAACUCAAAACGAUCCACCAACACUAAAUUUUGAUAAUGGAACUGGACGUUUUACAGCUUGCUACUGUUGUCUUGAUGCUCAUUAUUUGCUAGUGAUAACUGGUAUUGGCUUAUUAUUCAUUGGACUAGUUUUAAUUUGGGCUACUGAUAGACAUGUUCGACCAGGAUGGCUUUUAGCAAAAACUGGUGUAUUUGCUCGAUCUCGUGCACUUGAAGACUGUAGACAAAGAACAAAUGCUAUACUGAAAACUGUUCAACCAAAUUAUAUAAAUAUGGAUUUGAUAAGAUCCGCUAAAUUGAAUGCAGCUAAAGAAGCUUAUUGGAUUAAUCAGUUGACCAAUAGACUGGAGCAUGUACAAACUCAGAUACAACUACAAUUUAUCACAGAAUUAUGUUUAAUGCAAAAAGGAUUGGUAAAUCACUAUUAUGUCUUAGAUCAAAAUGCUGUGAAAAUCCAUGUACCAGAGAUAACGAAUACUAAUUCAACAUUUUCAGCUUGUGAACUAAUUGGUCCUAAUUUUCAGUUUACUGAACAAGCAUUAUUAAUUUUGUCCAAUUGGAAGUUAGAUCCUCUAACAAAUAAACAAAUUAAACACACAUUAAAAACUCCAGUAUGUCAUUUCUCCCCAGUUGUUCCUGCUACUUAUGCUGAAAGUCAUCUAUCACGUUUAUUAAGAAUGACUGGUUUAAACGAUCAACCACUUCAAAUGAAUAAUAAAAAAACCAAUGAACAAAUUACCUUAAAUAAUAAUAAUCAAACCGAAUUCAUUCAGUUUGAUGGAAAUCAAUUAGAUUUCGACUAUGAACAAUUUACUACAUCAAUUGAAAGUCUGUCAACUUUGAUUAAUGCUGUUUAUCGUUUAUUAUUAACUAGUUUGACAGUAAUGAUGGCUAUGGGUGGAUUAUUAGUCUGUUUACAUAUGAUUUCAAUUUUAGGACGUAUAAUAAUAAGAAUUCCAGUACGUAAGGUUUAUUACACCACCGUCUACCCUCCGUCUACAUCUAUCCACAACCCAUCUUGUUCAUCUACUGUCUACCAGGCAAGCAGUCAACAUUCAUGA